AUGUUUAGAACGUCUUUAUCUCAUAAAAAACUAAAAUAGAUUGACAUUAGGAAAAAUCAUCAUUAUUAUCUUAAUAUCCCUUAAUAAAUGAGUGUUUUAUCUCCUGAUUAACAAAAUUUCAAUUAAUUAAAUGAGUCUGCUAAUUCAUAAUAAACAUAUAAAAAUAAUAGUUAUACAUAAUAAAAUGAUAAUCUUUACUUCAAAAAAUAAUCAAAAUUAUUUAGAGAUCUCAGAAGCACAUCAAACAAGAGUAAUAAUAAUUAAUAAAAUGAUAUAAGUUAAGCAUUUACAUUUAGAAUAAAGUCAAAAAAUCAUCGAGAAGAUUAUUGUUUUAUUCUUGAUAAUGUGGACUAAAGAAUUUAAGAGAAACAGACAAAAGAUUUGGUUAAAGUUUUGCAUGAAAUGAAGAAAAAAAGAUAGGAAUAUACAUAGAAAGAAUAAUUUAUUCCAAGAUCCCCUAUUCCAUCAUUAAAAAGAUAAAACUUUAUUUUCUUAGAUGAAUCUCAAGUUGAAAAGUUUUCUAAUCCAAAAAAAUUACCUUCGUUAAAUAAGAAGUAUGAUAUUUUAACAAAAAGAUUUAAAGGAUCAAAUGAUACACAAUCUAAUUCUUAAAAGUUAUCAAAUUAUGGAAUUUUAGAAGAGUAAUUGUAAUAUCAGCUUAAUUGUCUACAUUCAUUUAUAUUUUAAAUUUAAUGCGAUUAUUUGAUUUAUGUAAAAUAAUCUUAAGCUAGAUAAUAAAUCUAUUUUAUUGAAGAAAUAAAUUAAGAUGAAUAAAUUAUUAAAAGAUUGAUGAAAAAAAGAUGGUGGUGGUGUGAAACUUCUGAAAAGUCAGAUGAUGUACAAUUUUAUUGGUCAUAAAAAUUAAAUUCUUAAUUUUUAUAAAAAUAAAAAACGCAUGUCUUAUUCAAUAAAUCACAAAGCAAGAUAGUGAAUUCACAAAACAUUAAUAAUUAUGAAGAUUAAUAUAAUUUUGCUCAAGAAUAAAAAUUGACAUUAAUAAAAUAAAACAGUAAACUUCAUAAUCAUAUAGAUAUGAAUGAUAUGAUUGAUAGUAAAAAGAACUUAAUUAAGUCUAUUAAUAUAUAUUAAACAUUAACUAACGAAGACUAAAACUAAUUUUUACCUUAUUCAAUAAAUGUUGCCAGCAUUUAAGAUCCAAAAUUUACUAUAUAUUAAAUAAAAUAUAAGCUAACAAAUUCAUUAUGGUUAGUCAAGCCUGGAGAAAAAAUAAAUGAUAAUUCUUAAAUAAAACUUUGUUAAAAUACAAAAUAAGUUUCUGAUUUUAUAACAUCCUAACUAAAAAAUCCUAACAGAACUUUUGAAACUUUUGUAAUUCAAUAGUAUAUUAAGCCCUUUUUAUAUUUUAAAAGAAAGUUUGAUAUUUAUGCAUAUAUUCUUAUAACUUCUUUUAAUGGAAUUAUUAGAGUAUAAUUUUAUGAUGAAGUAUUAGGAAGGACAAGCUGUAAAGAAUAUUAAGAUAAUGAUUUUGAUCCUUUGAUUCAUUUUACUAGCACUCAUGUUUAAAAAGAGUCUAAAUCUUUUUCUUUAUACGAACCAGGAAAUAAAUUAUCUUUUGAAAAAUUAUAGGAAUUUUUUAAUAAAUUUAAAGUAAAUUUUAAAGAAACAAUUAUCCCAAAACUCAAAAUAAUAGCUACAAAUAUAUUCAAAUCAUUGUUUACAAAAAUGAUUAUUAGAGACUACAGUUUUGAAGUAUAAAAACUUUUAAUUAAGAUUUUAGGAUUAAAUUUCAUUUUAGACACAUCUAUUAAACCAUGGUUUAUUGAUGCCAAAUUGAAUUAAUCCCUCUUUCCAGAUUGUCCAUAUCAUUAAUAAUUUUUAACAUAAUUUAUUGAUAAUGUAUUAAGACACACUCUUGAUAUAAUAUAUCCUCCACCAUAAAAUUGGCCCUUAAAUAAAAAAUAAUUAAUUGAAAAUUUUACUAUGGAAAACAAGUUUUCUGUCAUUUUUGAUUCUAGAUUUGAUUCAGAAACACUCUUAGAGUUAUACUAAUAUGAUUUCAACUGA